AUGACUUCAUUUUUCUAUUCCAAUCUUUCAAAAGAUUUUUCCUUAAUUUUAAAUGAUGCUGAUGACUAUAAUGUUAUUAUUCAAGUUGGUAAAAACAAAAAUAUAAAAGAAUUUCGUGUACACUCAGUAAUUUUACGUGCUCGUUCAUCUUAUUUCAAAGGUGCUCUUUCAUCCUCUUGGAUUACAAAAAAGAAUGACAUGAUUAUAUUUAAUAAACCAAAUAUCAAACCAAAUGUUUUUGAAAUGAUUUUAAGAUAUAUUUAUACAGGUGAACUUAAUUUGGAAGAACAACUAAGUGAAGAUAUUUUUAGACUUUUAAUCGCAUCUGAUGAGUUGCUUCUUGAAGAAUUAGUUUCAUUUUUACUAGAAUACUUGAUCGAACAAAGACAAAAUUGGAUUAAAAAAAAUUUCGUUCUUAUCCUUAAUAUUGUACAGAACCUUGAAAGUUGCAAGAUCCUACGGAAUCAUUGUCUUGAAACCAUUUGUUUUGAUCCAGAGUUAUUAAUUUCUUCAGAUAGCUUUAUCAAACUAGACAAAGAUAUUCUUUAUGACUUGCUUAAGCGAGAUGACUUAUUGAUUAAAGAAAUUGUUGCUUGGGAUCAUUUAAUUAAAUGGGGUAUCGAACAAACUCCUGGUUUAGGAAGUGAGAAUUGUGAUAGUAAUAAAUGGAAUAAUGAAGAUUAUGAAGCAUUAAAGGAAACGUUAAAUGAAUUUAUUCCUCUCAUUCGAUUUAUGGAAAUUGAUCCUGAUGAUUUUAAUUAUAAAAUCAGAACAUAUAAAGAUAUUAUUCCUAAUCAAAUUUAUGAAGAAAUUGAAAGUUUUUAUUAUAAAGAUACCAAAGAUACUUUACCGACAACAUUAAAUUUAUCACCUAGAAUAGGAAAACUUGAUUCAAAGAUUAUCGAACCUAAACUUGCAAAGAUAAUUAUUAAUUGGAUUGAUAAAAAAAAUUUCUUUACUUCUUGUUACAAGUUCGACCUUAUUUAUCGUGGUAGUAUUGAUGGUAUUAGUACUGAAUCAUUUAAAAAUAAAUGUAAAGGUCAAGUAGAAAGUUUAGUUUUAAUUAAAACAAAACAAACAAAUAAAAUCUUUGGUGGAUAUAGUUCUAUUGGGUUUCACUCAAUCGGAGAAAAUGUUCCAAAUUUUGACGGUUUUGAUAAUUCAAAGUAUUAUUAUUCGUCAGAUAACUUUAUUUUUUCAUUUGAAAGCAGUAAAGAUACCGAGAAUAUGAAAUUAAGUCGUGUGAUAAAUUACGAUAAAGCUAUAUACGAUUAUGAUGAAACUGGAUUUGAUUUUGGGUUUGAUUCAUUGUUUAUGGCACCACUUAAUGGAUAUAAAUUAUAUGCCAAUAACAAUUCUCAUAAUUAUGGAAAUAAUUUAAACACAGAAGAAAUUUACGGUAUUGAAGAAAUCGAAACAUUUAUUAUAACUAAAGGAUUUAUUUAA